AUGAACAAGUACGCCAUGUUUGCUCCCGGAACCGACCGCACCAUCAGCAAGGAGGAAUGGCGCCGCCAGCAGGCGACGCUGAUUAAAGCCAUCGACCCGGAAUUUUCGGGCAGCCUCGUGUGCCCCGUAACUGUCCGCAACUGGCGGAAACUCGAAGCCAGCGCCGCCACGUCAACCGCCGACAACGGGGCGGCAGACCUGUCCGACUUUAACGGCAUGGCGGCUGCUGCGGAUCCGUCGGCUGCGGCGGCGGCGCUGGGAAAUUCGCUGCCGCGAACGGAAAAACCGGCGACUUCGCCUAACGCGGAGGGCGCAUCGGCAGGCUAUUACGCGCCUUCUGCGGCGUCGUCUACCCCCACCUCUUCCGUCUCCACCUUCACCGAUUCCUCCGCGUCGGGCGCGUCAAGCGUGUCGCUUUCCCCCAGUCCGCCUCCCCCGGGUGCGCUCAACGUUCUCCCUUCCCCCAGUGCCGCCACCGCACCCGCCGCCACGCCCGCCGCAGCGCCCGCCGCCGCACCCGCCGCCCCCGGUAGUACCAACACGUCGGCCGCCAGCUCCCCCGCUAACUCGGGGAAGCUCCCGCGCGUGCGCAUGUCGCUCGCGCAACAGAUUCGCGAGCAGCAGAUGAACUCGGGCAGAUUUAAACCCCUCGUUUCGGGCAGAUUCCGCGACGGGGCGUCGGACAGCGGGCGAUUCCCUAUGUCUCCCCUGGAACCGAAUUCGGGGCCCAACUCGGGAAAGUUCUCCGCAGUUUCGCCAUCUUCCAGCCAGGGUAACUCGGGCGCGUUUCCCAGCCCCGCGGGGCACUACGCGACGAGAUCGAUGGGCGCGGACGGGGGGGGCGGCGCAAGUGGGCCGCUUGCGAUGGCGCAGCCGUCGGCGCUUUGGCGGCAGAGCAGCGACGGGCAUCGCAUGGCGGGUGCGACGAUGGAACAGAGUCGCAUGGCGGGUGCGACGAUGCAGCAUGGCCAGCAGGCUCCGCCGAUGGGCUUCUGCAUGGGCGCGCAGGGCAUGGGCGCGCAGGGCAUGGGCGCGCAGGGCAUGGGCGCGCAAGGCAUGGGCGCGCAAAUGAUGGGCGCUCCUGGCGCGACUGUUGGCGUUGUCCCUGCGAUGAGCCCUCCUGCGAUGGGUGGUCCGUCGCAGAGCAAUAAUUUGUCGCCGCGCGAUUUGAUUCUUCUCCGCCCGAAUAAGUGGAGCGGCGCAAACGUCGCGGAUGCCCCCCUCCUCCCAACCUUCGGCUCGUGCGCCCUCUCCGAUACUGCCUCGCAAUGCUCAAGCCAAGAUUCAUUCUCCUCGACCCCUCAGCUAUCUCGACCCGUUCCGUCCUUCGCGUCGCACCCGCCCAACACGGGCAGCUGGGAUGGCAGCAACGCGGAAGAAGACAACGAGGAAAAAGAGCUCGAUUUCUCCUCAGUCCGAUCGGUUUGUCUCAAUUUCGAGGAGGUUUUAGAAACGUCCGAGACGAAGGAGUUUAACCGAGUGCGAAUUGAGACCAUUGAUAUCGUCCCAUUGAUUUCCGGGAUGAAAAGCCCCUUCAUGGCUGCAGCUGCUGCAAACCUUCCUGAGCACGUGCUGUACGCGCUGACGUUUUCCGGGUCGGAUGAUAUUUACCUGCCCGGAGAUGAGUCGGUUCUGAAACUUUUUCCGAGCCGGUUUCAGGCAAGGAAACUCGAAUAA